GAAAACAGCAUGCGACAAGGACGCUAAAAGGACUAACCACUCAAAGGAUUUUAUUAAACCUUUCUUUGGAUUAUAAUUUAUUUUUGGGGAGGAAAGAGAGCAUUUGCACACUUGCUGAUCAGUUUACGGCCCGCAGCAUUUCCACGACAGCACUUCUUCUGAAGAACAGUUUACUUUCUGAGGAAAACUUUGCCACUGCACUGACAGUCCAAUCAUAGAAAUGGUUGGCAUGAAACCCAAAGACGUCGUGCCCUCUGCCGCGGUUAAAUUCUUCGGGGCCGGCACCGCCGCCUGUAUCGCUGAUCUCAUCACCUUCCCACUGGACACGGCAAAAGUCAGACUUCAGAUUCAAGGAGAGUCACAGAAAGCUGAAGGAGGAAAUGCAGUCAAGUAUCGGGGAGUGUUUGGGACCAUCACCACCAUGGUGCGCACAGAGGGGCCCCGGAGCCUCUACAACGGGCUGGUGGCGGGACUCCAGAGGCAGAUGAGCUUUGCCUCGGUCCGUAUCGGUCUCUACGACUCCAUGAAGCAGUUCUACACUCGAGGCACUGAGAGUGCCGGGAUCGUCACUCGACUCAUGGCGGGCUGCACGACCGGGGCAAUGGCCGUCGCUUUCGCGCAGCCGACGGACGUGGUGAAGGUGCGCUUCCAGGCCGAGGUGCGGCCCUCCGAUGGCGGACGGAGGUACAGCAGCACUUUGGACGCCUACAAGACGAUCGCUCGAGACGAGGGCGUUCGAGGCCUCUGGAAAGGCUGCAUGCCAAAUAUCACACGCAAUGCAAUCGUGAACUGUGCAGAGCUGGUGACCUACGACACCAUUAAAGAACUCAUCCUAAAGUAUGACUUGAUGACAGAUAACCUGCCGUGCCACUUCACGGCCGCGUUCGGCGCUGGCUUCUGCACCACGGUGGUGGCUUCUCCUGUGGACGUAGUUAAAACGCGGUUCAUGAAUUCAGGAAGCGGUCAGUACAGCAGCGCUCUCAACUGUGCUUUCACCAUGCUGAGAAACGAGGGACCCACUGCGUUCUAUAAAGGGUUCAUGCCUUCUUUUCUGCGACUGGGAUCCUGGAACAUUGUCAUGUUUGUCACUUACGAACAGAUUAAAAGAGGGAUGACAAGAGCUCAACAGUAUUGGGAGUCACCAUUUUGACAGCAGGACGUCGGGAUCACACAGAUCAACAGCCUGACCAGCACCACAGUGGUGUGAUGGGAAAUCCAUGUGUCUUGAGGACAUCUGCAAGAGGAGACCCUACAGAGAGCCUGAAAUCGUCGAGGUGCCCGGGGUCACAAAGCUAACAUUUCACAGGGGAGGUCUCUGUGAGGUCUUUCAGAUAAUACAAGUGUCAUGAAGAUUUGUAGCAACAUCAGGAUGGAGAAUCGAGAAAUGUAACGAGCUCCUUCAGGUGGAAGAGAUGGACGUUGAAUGUUGAGUUACAAAGGUUAAAGUUUGCCUCUUAAUGAAAAACUUUACAAUGAUGAAGUGAAAACAAUAUGUGAAUGGAAUUCAGGUGUAAGUGCUACUUUCUACAAGAGGAAAAAUCAGUCAUGUACAUUACUUUAUAUUUGAUAUUAUCAGCGAGAACAAGUUUUCCUGCUUCCCUGGUUUCCUCCCACAGUCCAGAGACAAGUGUGACUGUCAAUCCUGAACUGGAAACAGCAGUAACAAAGAUGAAUGGAUGGAUGGAUGGAUGGAUGGAUGGAUGAAUGGAUGGAUGGAUGGAUGGAUGGAUGGAUGAAUGGAUGAAUGGAUGGAUGGAUGGAUGGAUGGAUGGAUGGAUGGAUGGAUGGAUGGAUGGAUGAAUGGAUGAAUGGAUGGAUGGAUGGAUGGAUGGAUGGAUGGAUGAUGUCCUUAUAUGUGAAUGUCAGUGUCUGUCCAUUGUUUACACUGUUUGAGUUUUGCACAGUGGCAAGAGAUGUAAAGUUUAAGGUAACAGUAUGAUUUAUUGCUGGCCAAUGAGUCAUGAUUGUGUUUUUUUGUUUUAUUUAAUAAAUGAAAGCCCUUCCUUA